AUGUCCACUACGGCUACGAGCUACGAGCUACAUGGUUCAUACAAUCAAUCCAAUAAAUCGAUUGUUCGCACCCUCUUCGUCAGCGGUUUGCCAAUGGACGCUAAACCACGCGAACUUUACCUAUUAUUCAGAGCUUAUGAGGGCUACGAAGGAUCUCUUUUAAAGGUGACCAGCAAGAAUGGCAAAACCGCAUCGCCCGUCGGAUUUGUGACAUUUCAUACCAGAGCCGGCGCGGAGGCAGCUAAACAAGAUUUACAGGGUGUACGCUUCGAUCCCGAUAUGCCCCAAACAAUUCGCUUGGAAUUCGCCAAGAGUAACACGAAAGUGAGCAAACCCAAACCACAGCCCAAUACAGCGACAACAGCCUCACAUCCUGCAUUGAUGCACCCACUCACUGGACAUUUGGGUGGCCCGUUCUUUCCAGGCGGACCGGAAUUAUGGCAUCAUCCGUUAGCCUACUCGGCAGCUGCCGCUGAAUUACCCGGUGCUGCUGCAUUGCAGCAUGCAACACUAGUGCACCCAGCUCUCCAUCCGCAGGUGCCGGUACGCUCUUACCUCUGACUAAAUACAGAUAAAGUUAUCGAGCAGCCUAUGCAUCAAACUCAAAUGACCGCAAUGACGCAACAUCAUCAACAAGCCGCUACACUACAUCCAACAGCUAUGCAUAUGUCCGCUGCUGCUGCUGCUGCUGCAGCUGCUGGCCUACCGCCGGGCGCAGCCGCCACUGGCCCACCGGGACCGCCACCAACCGGCCAUACAGCACACCAUCAUUUCUUAUCGAGCCCCGCUCUGGCAAGUCCAGUUGGUUCCUCGAAUAAUCCAACGCAUCCAUCAAAUACACCAUUAGCUGCGAACGCUCCAUGCUCGACACUGUUUGUUGCCAAUUUGGGGCAAUUCGUGUCGGAGCACGAACUCAAAGAGGUGUUCUCCAGUAUGCCUGGCUUUUGUCGCCUCCGAAUGCACACAAAAGGUUCGCACAAUCUCACUUCUACUACUUCUACUACUACUACUACUUCCACCAUCACCAACGCCACCAAUACAAGCACAACUUCUACCACUUCUAAUGCAACAGCAAUAGGAAACUAUCCUGGAGCCGGCAAUAUUAACAACACCAACAACAGCAACAACAACAACAGUAACAUCAGCAGCAAUGCCAGCCACCCGGUUGCGUUUAUUGAGUUCAAAGACACCGUUAGCGCUGCUACAGCAAUGCAACAAUUACAGGGCAAAUAUUUGCUCUCCUCCGAGCGUGGUUCGAUGCGCAUCGAAUUCGCUAAAACCAAAAUGAUCAACGACACUUCAGCUGGCAGUGGCAUCGGCAAGCACAAAAACAUCAACAACCUCAGCAACAAAAAUAUAAUCAACAAUGAUGCAUUGGCCAUGCAGAAGGCAGCCAAUGUCAUGAAUGCCACACAGUUGUUAACUGCAAGCAAUUUAGGCGCUGUUGCACCAGCAGGCACAGCAAUGACGCUUAUCAGCAGUAAUCAGCAACAAAUGCAACCGCAAUCGCAGCUAAUCAUAUUAAAUGGCUAUCCACAUCAGCACCAGCAGCAGCACCAACAACAACAGCAACAACAGACAGCACACCAGUCACAACAACAGCAACAAGCAAUGUUGCAAUCAGCCACUGUAAUUCAGCAGCAUGCCAUGUUGCCGCAACAUUUUCUGGCUGCCAAUGGUGCAACUACAGCAACGGUUGCCUAUCCAGCAGCAGCAGCUACAGCUCUGCCGGCAAUGUCAACGAUGGGCUCUUCGCUGGCGACCAUUUUUACUAGCACCAACAGCACGAACAACACCAGCACCACCAGCACCACUAAUCUAAAUAAUAACAAUAUCAAUAUAAAUAAUAAUAACAAUAACAGUAAUAAUCUUGUGCACAAUCGUUCUACCGCACUACCGCCUACUGUUGUUGUAAACUCACUACAGCACCAACUUCAUCCAACUCAGCACCAAAAUCAUCUCUUUAGAGACAGGAGCGGGUAUGGAAUCAAGGCAUGAUUUACUCAAUAAAAAGGCCGAACGCGACUUGCAACAUCAUCAAUUUCUAAUGACAACACCGACUUGACCCGUUACAACAGCGGCAGCAGU